AAAUCCCCCUCCGGUCACGUGGUGCGGACUGGAGAUGAGCCGGAUUAAUGCAGCGGUGGGGAACGAAAGGGACGGUAACGGGAAACGGAGACAACUCAGGAUUUAACGGCGACCGAAUGCUGCGACGAUGAUUUCUCCGUGGGACAGAUGGUACACGACCAGCUGCUGCCUGUGCUGUCAUGUACGGACGGGCACUAUUAUCCUGGGCAUCUGGUAUAUGCUGAUCAAUGCAGUGGUUUUGUUGAUCCUGUUGUCGGCUCUCAAUGACCCUAUCCAGUACCACUACCACCUCACCAGCUCCGAACUCGGCACGGAUCUGGAUGUCAUGGACGAUGCAAACAUGUGUAUCGCUGCUGCAAUCUCAUUGCUGAUGAUUUUGAUUAGUGGAAUGGCCACCUAUGGUGCAUAUAAGCAACAUGCUGCAUGGAUCAUUCCUUUCUUCUGCUACCAGAUCUUUGACUUUGCUCUUAACACACUGGUAGCGAUAAGUGUUGUAGUCUACCCCAACACCAUACAGGACUAUCUUCAGCAGCUGCCUGGGACCUUUCCAUACAAAGAGGACUUGAUGUCCACAAACAACAUGUGCCUAGUAUUAGCAGUGCUUCUCUUUGUUGGAUGCAUCUUAGCCUUUAAGGCUUACCUUAUUGCCUGUGUGUGGAACUGCUACAGAUACGUCAGUGAAAGAAGCACUACAGAGGUCCUGCUUUAUGUCACCACAAAUGACACUACAGUACUACUUCCACCCUACGAGGAGGUCGUCGCCAUUCCGCCGAAAGAUCCCCCUCCCCAGUACGUUUCAGCUUGAGAAUCACACCCUUCUCUAACUACGCUCCUCCCAAACCUCCUCCAAAGAAACACUCUCCGUCACAGAAGCCCAUUCUGUUGCCCCGGUCUCCUGUUUGUCGCUGUGUGACGUAAGCCUCCUCUCUGGAGGCAGCAGUAUGACUUUGAGACGCCCUUCCCUCGACGAGGCUGCCCAGCUGUCCUGGCAACCCAACGCUCUGUGUCAGCUCCAAUCCCAUUUGCACAUUCGCCGAUUAUGAGCGACACUGGCCUUUUUAAUACUGUGAAUUUCUCAGUAGUGUUAUUGUCUACUGAUAUACCUGAGAAUUGAAUGCGGCGUGCAUGAUGAACACGGGAGUUACGUAACAGCACUUUUUUUAAAUAAAUGGGAAAUUACCUAGAAAUGUUCUGAAUAUAAGAAGCUGGCGUUUUCACUUUAAUUCCGUUUUACUGUGCGAAAUAAAAAUGACGAGUUUUUAUUCCGAAUAUAACUAAAUUAUUUGUAAAAGAAAAAAAUAAUGCAAGCAAUUCUACACCAUUUUAUCUAACAAAGUGAAAUCUUUCAAGUCUUCCUUUAUACACAAUGUCCCAAAACAUGAUGCAAUUAUUGAUUAAUAUUCUCUUUCAAUCAAUCAAAUGCUAAUCGUUAGUUGUAGAUGUAGAUGUUGCAAAGACUGAAUGAUUCUGCUGCUUGUUAACAGUUACAAAGCUGUGUAUAAUUGAUAACAUUGGUUUAAAGGUGAAAUCAAGUAGAUUUUAAUGAUUUUAUGGACUGUUUCAUGCACCAUAGGGGUCUGACUUCAAAUUAAAGGACUUGUCACAAAAAAAGCACAUAUUUGGGUUAAGGUGCCAUCACAUUUACCAUUUUUUCAAUAGGAUGCCAUGCGAUAGGAAUUUAGUUUCCCCACUAAAAGAUUUUAAAACAUUAAGUUUGGCACACAUAUACGCCACGAACAAAAGCUGCAUGGUUUGAAAGUGAUUUCUGUGUGAACUGUGCUUUAUACAUCACUACACUUAAAACACAAUGGACUUUUUUUGUCUCAAAAUUUGUUAAAACUUUUGAUAAUGUAAAUGCAUCUUAACAGUUGAGGCACUUAGAAUGGAAGUGAAUUGGACCAGUCGAAGUUAAAUUCUUGCUUUAUUGCUUUCAAUAGCAUCACAGGACGAUAUGUGUUAACAUGAUUUUAGAGAUCUCUCUAUGUGAAGUUAUAUCCCAUUUUACGGUUUAACCCAUAAAUUGAAUAACAAUAGUUUAAACGGCGUUACAGCAACAGAAAUAUUAAAGUGCUUUUAUAAAUUAGAAGCUUCACAUUUAAAAUCCUUUAAAAACAUCUCCAUUCAAUUCCAUUGUAGGUGCGUGACAUACCUUGAUUUUUGCUGCAGGUUUUUUUUUUUUUUUUUUAAGAAAACCAGAACCUUUUGAGUUAAUCAACAUUAUGAACCAUUGAAUAAAUGAAAAUGACCGGUGUUAGGAAAUCAUUUUUGUUAUUUGGUGAAGUUACAUGCUCCUGUUCAGAGAAGUAGCAUAACUUUUUUGUCAUUAUCACUGGGUUACAAUCUGUGUCUGCAGACUGCAGUGUUUUUUGCACAUAUGAAUAUUAUUCAUUCGUGUUAUUGUCUGUGUGUUAAUCAGUAAUUGUGACAAAUGAAAAAAGUAGAUUAGCUUGUAGCUUAGUUCAGAUGACAUAGCAUCUCCCCCACUCACCUUCCAGCUCAAAAUAGCUUCUGUUAUUGGGAACAUUUUCUGAUUUUUAUAUACAGUGGCUAUGCAAGGGUAUUUUGUAACAUGUAUCCAUAGCUGAAAAUGACUAUAUGCUUACAUUUAUUCAUAACAUUAGGUAUAGAAGCGCUAAUAAAUGUGUUAGACAUUGA